CCGCCACACCAAGUCAUGUUAUGGUAGCGGCUUGUGUGACCUGGACCCCGGCUACUACACUAACCCACGUUUUAGUUAUAUCCACGUCAACUAUCACUCGCCUGGUACUGUGACUUGACCUGGAGGACCUGGAACAUCACCACCACAUAUAGGAUAGAUAUACAAUGGCGCUGACUGGAGUGUGGUGGCGGGCGGGGUUAUCCCUCAUAGCCCUCCUGGCUCUGGUGGGGGGAUGUAGUGCCGUCACCAUCAUGAGUAUAGACUUUGGCUCCGAGUGGAUGAAAGUAGCUGUGGUUGCUCCAGGAGUGCCAAUGGAAAUAGCCCUCAAUCGGGAAUCCAAGAGAAAGACGCCACUGGCCAUUGCGUUCCGGAAUGGCGAACGGACAUUUGGAGAGGAUGCGUUGACCAAUGGCAUUCGCUUUCCCCAUACCAAUUUCUUCUACUUGCUUGACCUAUUGGGGAAGAAAGUGGACAACCCCAUUGUGAAGUUGUACCAGUCUAGGUUCCCCUUCUACAAUAUUGAGGCCGAUCCUGGCAGGGACACUGUGGUCUUCAGAUACGACGAGGACACGACUUACACGGUGGAGGAGCUUGUGGCCCAGCUGUUGGAAUAUGCCCGGGAUAUUGCCGUGGCUCACACUGACCAGAGAAUUAAGGACUGUGUUAUCACCGUCCCAGCUUUCUUUAACCAGGCUGAACGCAGAGCUCUACUGACAGCAGCUGACCUGGCAGGGCUUAAGGUUCUGUCUUUGAUGUCGAGUAAUGCCGCGGUGGCACUCGACUACGGCAUGUUCCGCCGGAAGGAAAUCAAUGGUACGGCGCAGAACAUCCUCUUCUACGACAUGGGGGCUUCGUCUACCUCGGCCACGAUCGUGUCCUACCAGACCAUCAAGACCAAGGAAAAAGGAUACUCGGAGACCAACCCACAAGUCACUGUCCUGGGUCUAGGUUAUGACCGCUCUCUGGGAGGAUUGGAAAUGCAGCUGCGUUUAAGAGAUUAUCUAGCCAAGAAGUUCAACGAGGUCAAGAAGACGACCAAUGACGUGUUCAAGUCUCCCCGUGGGAUGGCCAAGUUGCUGAAGGAGUCUGGGCGACUGGCCAAGGUCCUCUCUGCUAACUCUGACCAUCUGAGUCAGGUGGAAGGAGUUUUGGAUGAAGAAGACUUCAAAUUGAUGGUGACGAGGGAAGAUUUCGAGGGACUAUGUGCUGAUGUGUUUGAGCGUGUCCGCGCUCCUGUUGAUGGGGCUCUCAUAUCUGCCGGCAUGGAUAUCUCUGCUAUUGAUCAGUUCAUCAUCGUUGGCGGAGCAACACGUGUUCCACGAAUACAAGCAAUAUUACAAGACGUUUGGGGGAAAGAAUUGGGUAAGAACAUAAAUGCUGACGAGGCUGCAGCCAUGGGGGCUGUGUAUCGCGCCGCUGACCUGGGCCAGGGCUUCAAGGUCAAGAAGUUUCACGUCAAAGAAGGAAUAGUCUUCCCUGUUGAGGUUGACUUUGAGCGAUAUAUUGAGAAUGAAGAUGGGUCGACCAAUACCAAGGUGGUGAAGCGUUCGCUCUUUGCCCUCGGAAACAACUACCCCCAGAAGAAAGUGAUGACGUUCAACAAACACACGACCGACUUCAAUUUUUGUGUCAAUUAUGCCGAGAAUGAACAUCUUCCAAAGGCUGAACUCCUGGCAGCCAAAGUGGAGAACAUAUCUCAUGUGUUGGUGUCUGGGGUGACGUCUGCCUACUUCAAGCACCAGAAGGAGGGAAAUGAACCCAAGGGCAUCAAGGCACACUUCAAUAUGGAUGACUCGGGUGUAUUGACUCUGGCGGCGAUGGAGGCGGUGUUCGAGAAGAGCGUCCUGGUGGAGGAGGAUAAGCCCGAGGAGGAGGAGUCUACAUUAUCAAAACUUGGUAGCACCAUUAGUAAGCUUUUCUCAGGAUCGGAGGACGAGAAGAAGGAAGAGGGGAAGGAGAACAAGACGGAGGAGAGCGAAGCGGAGAAGGACGGGGAGAAGAAAGAAGGGGGUAAGAAGGAGGACAAGACGGCAGAGAAGAAGGACGGCAGCGGAGACAAGAAGACCGACAAGAAACCCGACGAAGACAAAGAGAAGACGGGAGACGACGACGGCAAGACCAAGAAGGGCGGGAAGGAGCUGAAGCCCAAGCAGGUGACGGUGAAGGAGGAGCUGAACUUCACCCUCACCUACCUGGACGUAUCCAACAUGACCCCUGAGCGCCUCCAGCAGUCCAGGAAGAAACUAGAGGACAUCGGUGCUGCCGAACGCACCCGCCACGAGAAGGAGGCCUCGCGCAACACACUCGAGAGCUACAUUCUGGAUGCCCAAGAUAAAUUGUGGCAGAAAGAGUACGAAGCUGCGUCUACCGAUGAACAACGUGUGGUCAUUCGGGAGAUGUGUUCGACGCUGGACGAGUGGAUCUACGAUGAAGGGUUUGAUCAGGCUGCUACUGUAUACAAGGAGAAACUGGGAGAGCUGUCCAAGUUGUUUGAGCCCAUCAAGGAACGCGUACAAGAGCACCGCGACCGCCCUGAAGCCAUCCAGGCCCUGCAAGACAUGAUCAACGGGUCGUCUAUGUUCCUGCAGAGGGCGCGGGAGGCCCCCCUCGAGCACCAACUCUUCACAGACACCGAGUUGACCACGAUGGACACGCUCAUUGUUGACGUCCAGAAAUGGUUGGAAGACAAGGAAGAGUUACAGGACAAGACUGCACUAUCAGAGAAUCCUAAACUGACCCUGAGUGACAUUGGGGAGAAGUGGUCAGCCCUUGAUCGUGAGAUCAAGUACCUGAUAAACAAAGCUAAGAUCACCAAGGCCAGAAAAGAGCUAAAAGAAGCGAAAAGCGGAAAGGCAAGAAGAGAGAAAAAGAAGAGAAAGAGGCGGAGAAAGAGGCACCAGCAGCGGAGAAAGAGGAGGAGACAAAUGUCCCGGAGACCGAACAGAGGGAGGAGGAGAAGAGAAGAGAAGGAGGAGACACCAGGCGACAGGUUAGUAGGAGACCGAUAA